UCUGGAAGGAAGAUUGUACAGUUCCCGUUGCUUGACGGUAACAACCUAUUGCAGGUCAUGCCUUACCUAGGCGCACGCUGAUUUUUGUAUACAACAUCACAAAACAAAAGAAAUAAAAGAAGAAUAACAUCCUCAAGAUUACCUCAACACGUUCUUCGACACCAAUCAAAACAGACCCACUUCUUUGAAUUCAAUGUGAAGCACGCCCAUUUGUAAUUUCACCCCUAUUAAUUGACUUCGAGGAUAUCUGAAUAUCGUAAUUCCUCAGUCAAAUCGUUGGUCCUGACAAGGUUGCUGUAUCCUCCCAAAGUCCGCUUUCAUGGUUUGGAGCAUAGUCCGUCUGAUGUUGAAAUCAACAUAUUCAACUGUACCCUUUUAGACAUUAUCUCUGGGUGGAUGCGCAUUUGUAGGACCAAGAAUUGUCUUAAAGUUUCCUGAGAAUCUCUUUUUUGAUAAAGCAGAAGGCUUCGAUUUGGAUCAGUGUUCGAAAAGCCAAUUGCUAAGAAGAGCAUUUGGGUGCCUCUGAUACUCUGGAGGCCCGUCCUCGAAGAUUUUCAGUUUUAUGAGGUUGCUUAAGGAGCCGUCAUGCUUCUAAAAGCAUGCAGCUGGGAAUGACACGAGUGUUGCUAACCAUCUACUCAGAAAUAAGUAAAAUUAUCAUCCACGAAAAUAUGAACGGAAAAGCACUUACAAUGGAUUACGAGAGGCAGUUACGAAGGGCUGCAGUGUAAGACAAGGCUGCCUGCUAUUCAAUUUUUUUGGAUAAAAGGAUGGAACACAAACAUUAAUGAAGCAUCAUUCUUUCCUCUGGUGGGAGACUUGAAUAUUUUUCGAAUAGAUCAGGCUAUGCUGAUUAACAAUGACUUGCUUACUGCAUGAUUGCCAUCUUAGCAGGCGCCUCUGCCAGGAAUUAUUGUUUUUGGAAGGAUAUAGGCUCUUUUAAUCUUAUGACUGGCUCAGAUGUUAUCUUUUCUAGCUUUUGUAGUGGAAGAUUUUCCAUGUAAUUCUGUUGUUCACGGAACUCAAAGGACACAAUCUUCUGUCAAAAAUGAGACAGCAGCAUGGUUCUAACUACUCGCGAAGGUCACAUGGAGUUAAACUCCUGCGAUAUCAUAUGCAUGACUGGAUUAUGAUCAUGGGUCUUUUGGUUUUGGAAAUUAUUCUGAAUAUUAUACAUCCAUUUUAUCGCUUUGUUGGGAGAGAUAUGAUGACUGAUCUUAUGUAUCCUAUGAAAAGCAAUACUGUUCCUCUUUGGUCUGUUCCGGUAUAUGCAGUGUUGCUACCAAUUCUCAUCUUUUUCGUUUACUAUAUUCGCAAGCAAAAUCUUAAUGAUUUUCACCACGCGGUAUUGGGUCUUCUCUUUUCUAUAUUCAUAACUGGAGUCAUUACUGAUUCCAUAAAAGAUGGAGUUGGUCGACCUCGACCUGACUUCUACUGGCGCUGCUUUCCUGAUGGAAAUGCAACAUACGACCCUAUUACAACUGAUGUCAUUUGCCAUGGCGAUCCAGCAGUCAUAAAGGAAGGACAUAAGAGCUUUCCCAGUGGACAUACAUCAUGGUCAUUUGCUGGUUUAGGAUUUCUAUCAUGGUAUCUUGCUGGAAAAAUUAAUUUAUUUGACAGAAAAGGUCAUGCUUCCAAACUCUGCAUCAUUUUCCUUCCACUAUUAGCAGCUGCCCUGGUUGGUGUGUCAAGGGUAGAUGAUUAUUGGCAUCACUGGCAAGAUGUGUUUGCAGGAGGUCUUAUAGGAAUGGUUAUUGCGACACUAUGUUAUCGACAGUUCUUUCCAGCACCAUAUGAUUUAAAUGGCUUUGAACCAUACGAAUACUUUCAGUUUCAAUUCACCACUGUUGCACGUACACAGGACAUGGAAAGUAGUAACAGGCAAUUUAACACAUCUCAGGACAGCCAGGUAGAGGUUGUUCCAUAUACUACAAUGAAUGGAGAACAGAGAGAAGGAAGUAUAAACAUGGCAACCAGGGGAAAUGAACAAUUUUUUGAUAUAGAAAAUGGGAGGAGUCUGAGUUCUAAAGUCGAAUACAAAGGAGAUGUACAGAGUCUUGAGAGAGAGGCAGCUGUGGGUAGAUCAUCUACAGGGAGAGGAUUGUACACAGACAGGCGGCCUAGCAUGUAGCGAAGGAAGAUUGAAUUUGGUACAUAAAUCUUCUUCAGAUCACUGCAAAUCAUGCAUCACUUUUGAACUUGUCGAGGUUGAUUUGCAAUAUCUCAGGGCUCAGAUGAUCCCAGUGUAAAUUAUAUUUUACAGUACUUAAUCUAUGUAUGAGUUUUCCACGAAGUUACUGGAUUAUACUGCCUAGUGUUUGCUGAAUGUAAAGGUAAUGUAGAAUGUAUUCAACAGUUAUAGUGGGUAAAUCUUUUUAUCAACCUAAAUGCAAUUUAGUUGCAAAUCACAGGACAGCUUGUCUGUAUUACUACUGGUGAUUGAUGAGUUAACCCUAUAAUACUGUUGCUAAACAUGGUUUGCAAUAUGUACACAUGUAAAAGAGUUCUAGUUGUGUUCAAGAUCGAAAUGACUGAGAUGCAGAUUUCUAAUGAAGUUUGAUUUGACUUUUUCA